UCGAACACACCUUCAGUUAACUCAAGGUCAGAAUCGCGAAGUGGUAUUAGUUAUUUUUCAACUCGUUUUUGUUGUCUUCCAGUAGUCAAUUAGUGGAUGCUAGUAAGUACAUUUGAACUAUGAUGCGACGAGUUACAACAGCCUUUGUGCAGUCGGCGAAAAGAGUUGGAUAUCAAGAUGUGCUCGGGAGACCCUUGUAUUUGUCGGGUAGUGCCAAGUUCGAGACUUCUAAAAGGACCAUGUCAGAUGAGGCAGUCAAUACAGAAGCCCUUGGGUUUUCAGAAACUGUUGACUAUUUUUUUGAUAAAGCAGCCGUACUAGUUAUGGACAAACUUAUCGAUGAUCUGCCUGGUAAGGCCUCCAAAGAAGCUAAAUCACAGAAGGUGAAGAACAUUCUAAAAAUGAUAAAGCCAGUUAACCAUCUUGUAAAGUUUUCAUUUCCUAUCCGACGUGACAAUGGGGAUGUUGAAAUCGUUGAAGCAUGGAGAGCGCAGCAUAGCCAACACAGAACACCUUGUAAAGGAGGUAUACGUUACAGCCUGGAUGUGAAUGAUGAUGAGGUGAAGGCCUUGUCUCAGCUGAUGACAUACAAAUGUGCCGUUGUGGACGUUCCAUUUGGAGGGGCAAAGGCUGGUGUGAAGAUCGACCCUAAACAGUACUCUGAGACAGAGCUGGAGAAAAUCACCCGCAGACUCACAGUGGAGCUAGCAAAGAAAGGAUUUAUAGGACCAGGCAUUGAUGUCCCUGCCCCGGACAUGGGUACUGGGGAGCGGGAAAUGAGCUGGAUUGCGGACACAUUUGCAAACACUCUAGGUCACGGUAACAUCAACGCCUAUGCAUGUGUGACUGGCAAGCCGAUCACUCAAGGUGGUAUCCAUGGUAGAACUUCAGCCACUGGAAGAGGUGUUUUCCAUGGUAUACAAAACUUCAUCAUGGAGGCGUCGUAUAUGUCCAUGGUGGGCCUCGCCCCGGGAUUCGCUGACAAGACCGUCAUUAUACAGGGUCUUGGAAAUGUUGGUCUCCACUCAAUGCGCUACCUACACCGUGCAGGGGCCAAGGUGAUCGGCAUUAUGGAGUGGGAUGGAGCCAUCUACAACGCCGACGGCCUAAACCCACGUGACCUGGAAGAUUACAAGAUCGAGAACGGCACGAUUGUUGGGUACCCAUUGGCCCAGCCUUAUGAGGGGAACAUGAUCACAGAACAGUGUGACAUCUUUGUACCUGCCGCCAGCGAGAAACAGCUUACCAAGGAAAACGCACAUGAGGUCAAGGCCAAGAUCAUCGCGGAAGGUGCCAACGGGCCAACAACAAUCGAGGCUGACAAGAUUUUCCUGGAGAGGAACGUCCUUGUUAUUCCUGACCUUUACCUGAAUGCCGGUGGUGUGACGGUGUCAUACUUUGAGUGGCUCAAGAACCUCAACCACGUCAGCUAUGGCCGCCUCACCUUCAAGUACGAAAAGGACUCCAACCACUACCUCCUUGACAGUGUCCAGCGUUCACUAGAGCGCAAGUUUGGAAGAAACGGUGGAGCCAUUCCCAUCUUGCCGUCAGAGGAGUUUGAAAAGAGGAUUGCUGGUGCGUCUGAGAAGGAUAUCGUCCACUCUGGCCUUGAAUACACCAUGGAGCGGUCAGCCAGGAACAUCAUGCGAACAGCGAUGAAAUAUAACCUAGGGCUGGACCUGCGAACUGCAUCCUACAUCAUGGCGAUUGAGAAAAUCUUCCGCGUGUACAACGAUGCCGGUCUCACGUUUACGUAAUUACACAGGGCGUAGUUGCCAUGAUGGACACCCUUGUGUAAGCGUUAGGUACACAAUGAGAGGGGGGACAUGUACAGUGGAAAUUGAUCAUAAAUGUUUCAGUGUGGCUGUAAAUGUGGAUGUUUUAUUAUUUUAUUUUUCUUCUCAUUGAUAAGAAUGGAUUAUUGAUUGUUUAUUUCUGCUUAUAUUGUUUGUCCAGUCUUUGAAGUGUUGUUUAAUAAUGUGUUCCACAUCUUGAAAAAAAUAACAAAAAGUAACUGUACUAUGUAUCUUGAUUGACAAAAUCAAAUUCUUUUUUACAUAUUACUAAAAUGUAAUAAGGUUUAAUCAACAGGAAUCUCUCAUGUUCUGUAUAUUUGUGAAUAAAGAAUUUUCAAGUUUUGAAUCUCUCAGAUGUCACAGCAAUAUAUGUACAAUGCAUACCUCACUGAUCAUAGAAUGUGUUUUUAAGGAACUAUGUUUGUGUUACAUUCGUUUGUAUGUAAAUGACCUUGAAAUACCUAAGUAAACUUAAGCAGAUUUUUAUUUUCAAAUACAUUAAUUCAAAAAUAUAUUUUAGUAUGCAAGACUAAGUAUAUGUUGUCAUAUCAAGAUGGUUUACUUGGUUACAAUUGACAUCUGUGAUACAGCUUGUUUUCCCUCGUGAUUGUAGCAUACUUAUUUUGCUUCAAAUUUGAUACACUUUCCAACCAAAUAUCGAAUCCUGUAUACCGGUACAUGUAUAUUUUGAUUUGUAAAUGUCACAUUGUAUCCUGAGAUGAAGUAAAGGUUUAACUUACAUGUAGGUUUAUAUCUUUACAUAUCAAUGAGUAAAUCAUACAAUCAAGUUUAUAUACUUGGUUGUUAAGCUGUAUAGGUUGAAUCAAAAGGUUACACGAGUUGUAAUUCCCCUAGCACUCUAUUAGCACUAACCUAGCAUUCAGAGGAAGAUAUUUUGUGGUUCGCUCGCUGAUAAGAUGGCCACAACAUGUUCAAUUUACCACAUAUAUGUAUAUAGAUUAUACUAGUUGAAUAUGGUGUAUACGUAUCAUGUCAUUCAGUCAUGCUGCCAUCCAGUACAUGAAAUAUUUUUAUUCUAGAGUCAUCAUCUGGCAGCUUUCGUCAACAGUUUUGUCUGCUUUUAGGUACUAAGUCAAUUUAACAAGCAUCCCUUUUUCUCCCAAAAUAAAAUUGAUGAUCAG